AUUAACAACUAAUAAACCAAUACUCACAAAACCAAAAGAAUCAAAUGAUAAUAAUCAACAAAAUUACUCACAUAAUAAACCCUAUUAUUCAUAUAAAAAUAAUCGGUAUAAUUAUUAUAAUCAUUACGAUAAUAGUCGCGAUUAUUAUUUAUACCGGCAUCAUCAACGAUCUCGACGUCCGUUUUAUAAUAAUAAUAAUUAUUAUAAUAAUCGUUCUUAUCGGCCAUAUCGUAAUCAGAAUUAUUCAAACUACAGUCAACAUCAGCAUCAACAACAACCACAAAAACAACAACAAACUAAUACUGCCCCUGCAAUCGAUCAAAAUCAAAAUUCAAAAAACUGGUAUCCUCUAUUUCAAGCACCAGUACGGUUUCAACUGCAAUCGCCACAACAACAACCACGACAAGCGCAGUUUCAAAUUCCUUUCAAAUUAAUUAUCCACCAUUUUAUUCUAUCACACCAGUUUAUAAUUCAUCAGCAAUUCUAA